CUCCAGGUGAGCUCUCUCCUACCAUCUUUCUUUCCUUUCUCCCUGCUGAGAGAGAAACACCACAGCUGGUCAAAUUACAAAUAAUUUCAGCAGGAGGAGAUCCGAUUUCUUCUGGACAGGAGCCAACCUUUUUUCACAGAGCUGAUCCAAGAAGGAAGUAACUGGAGUUGGGAUAACUGUGGGAUCUGUGAUUGUUUUGCUUUGGUGUUGCCAUAUGGAAUAUAAAGAGCUGGCUGUUCAUUGAGCACCGGAGGCCACAGGUGUUUCGUUAGCUAAGACAUCCCAGUGGGAAAUGGAAGUAAGGUUCAAAGACCAUGUGAAACCUGGUAUGGAGGAGCUAACAAUAUGGGAACAACAUACAAUAACACUGAUCAAAGACCCCAAAGUGGGGUUUGGCUUUGCCAUUUCAGGAGGCAAGGACAAGCCUCACCCAGACAACGGGGAUACAGCUGUGGUGGUGUCAGAUGUGCUGCCAAAUGGACCAGCCAUAGGACGACUGUUCAACAAAGAUCAAAUUGUCAUGGUCAAUGGAGUGUCUAUGGAGAACGUGUACUCUAACUACACCAUUCAGACCCUCAAGUCAUGUGGCAAGACUGCAAAUGUAACAGUGAAACGCCCUCGCAAGAUCCAGAUCCCAGCCACCACCAGACCGUCUCGAGCCGUCUCCCAGUCCAACCUGCUGGACCAGGACCCUCCCAGACGAGCACGGCGCUACUCUGACGGCAGUGACAACCGAGACGGGAACCGCUACCGCGCCCGAAGCCCCUCGCCUGACCGCAACGGGCAUGGGAACACGCUACCGUUGAUGUCGUCGGGGUACAAGAGGCUGCCAGCUCAGGAUGUUGCAGAGAAACCCAUCAAAACUACACUGCUUAAAAAGAAAGUCACAGAUGAGUAUGGAUUGAAACUAGGCAGUCAGAUCUUCAUCAAGCACAUGACAGAAACCGGCCUGGCUGCAAAGGAAGGAACCCUGCAGGAGGGAGACCUCAUCCUCAAGAUCAAUGGCAUGACGACGGAGAAUCUAUCCCUGCUGGAGACCAAGCACCUGGUGGAGAAGAGCAGGGGCAAACUGACCAUGACGGUCCUCAGGGACAACCGCAAGUUCCUGGUCAGCAUCCCAGAGGUGGAGGACAGUCCCCCCAACAGUGAGGACGACCACCGCCAAGACAGCAGCACUGAACUGGAGGAUAUUUCAGACCUUGACGAAGACUCCCCAACUCACAGAACGUCCCGUCAACCCACCAGAGAGAAACGGACACGCAGAACGAGAGCUGAAGCUCCUCCAGCCAAGUCUCGGGAUUCAUCACCAGUUCGCUCCACCUUGACCCGGCCUCCCGUUAAAACCUAUGCACCUCGCAGAGCUCCAUCAGAGUCUGACUCGGAUCGCAGUGCCUCUCCUCCUGUCAGGAAAGGCAGUCCGGACAUAAGGGAUCGCUCAAGCAAACAGAAACCUAUGUCUGGUAUGUCCAUCCUCCCCAACCCCCGGUCCUCUCCUGUAGUCCCCAACUGGAGCGCCUCUCGCAGCACCUCUUCCCUCUCACAGCCUCGCAGGCCAGUGUCGGAGUCUGACUCUGACCACAGCUCUCCACCACGCAGACAGAGCCCCCGCCCAGACAGCAGAUACAAAGUUCUUCCUGAUCUGCCUUUGACUAGCCUGAGACCUACCCCCAUUAAUGUUCGCCAGGAGCCACCAAGGAGGGUCAGCUCUCCUGUCAGAGUCCUGCUCCCUGACUCUGAUUCCGAGUCGGAUGUCAGCCUGGCGCCUCCUCAGAGGCAGAGCACAACGUACAGUCAGGACUCCCUCAGCAGAUACAGAGUCUUGCCAGAUGUUGACCUGCAGCCCCAGCUGGAGCCGCCCCAGCUGGAGCCGCCCCGAUGGAGCGCCCCCAGCAUCACUGCCAGCAAUCCGCCACUGAAAGCUGGUUCAGAGUCUGAAUCAGAGGCCAGUUACACAUCUGUCCCUCGCAGGGAUUCUACAGGGAGCACAAACUCUAACUCUGCUAACAACCGAUACAGGGUCCUGCCUGACAAAAAAUCAACUUCAGUUGCCGUGCAACAGGAGGCUCCUCGGCGCGUCUUGUCAUCCGUCAGACCUCCUUCUGAUGAGUCCGACCAGCUGUUGGAGCUCAGGAGGUCUGGCAGCUCUGAGCGGGGUGAGAGCCACCGCAGAGUUCCUCGUGCCGCUAAUGGAACAGAAACCCUGAGGUCUGGGAUUUCAAUGAAGAGCAACCCACCGGCCUACUCAAAGACUGUAGAUGAGCCACUCUAUUCCCUACCGCCAGACUCUUACCCAGCCCCUAAUCCAGGGUACAGCUCAGAUGUUCACACGGUGUCGUUUGUGAAGGAAGGCAGCGUGGGUCUGAGGCUUGUGGGGGGCAACGAUGUUGGCAUCUUUGUAGGUGGAGUUCAGCCAAACAGCCCGGCAUACAUAGCGGGAAUGAAAGAGGGAGACCAGAUCAUGCAGGUAAAUCAAGUGGAUUUCGGUCAUUUCACACGAGAAGAGGCAGCCAACUUCCUAUUGAACAUCAAGACAGGAGAGCAGGUUGAAAUCUGCACUCAGAACAAGAUGGACAUUUAUAGAAAGAUCACCAAAUCCAACCUGGCAGACAACUUCUACAUUCGCACCCACUUUGACCAUGAGGCAGAAGGCCCCAUUGGGCUGAGCUUCACCAGAGGAGAGGUGUUCAGGGUGGUAGACACAAUGCACCGCGGGAAGUUGGGCAGCUGGCUGGCCAGCCGCAUGGGGAACGACCUGCACGAGAUGGAGAAAGGAACCAUCCCCAACCUGACCAGGGCUGAGACACUGGCCAGCAUAGAGCAAGCGCAGCGUGUGAGUGGAGAGAAGCAGGUGGCAGGGCCGAGAGCUGAGUUCUGGAAACUACGAGGACUCAGAGGGAACAAAAAGAAUGAAAAGAACGUCCGCCGGACUCGUGAGGACCUGCUGCAGCUCACUAUCCAGGGCAAAUUCCCAGCCUACGAGAGAGUUUUGCUCAGAGAAGCUAAUUUCAAACGACCCAUUGUCUUGAUGGGUCCUCUUAAUGAUAUCGCCAUGGAGAAGCUGGUCAGAGAGAUGCCUGAUGAAUACGAAGUGGCAGACAUGGUUCCUCGCAGUGGAGGUGAAGACGGCAGCGCCACAGUUAUUAAACUGGACACAGUGAGGAAAAUAGCAGAGAAGGACAAGCACCCUCUUCUGGACAUCACUCCCACUGCAGUGGAAAGGCUGAACUACAUCCAGUACCACCCAAUGGUACUGUUCCUGGACCCUCGCAGCCGCAAGGACGUCAAGGCCAUGAGGCAGAGGUACAGCCCCAACUCCAACAAGAGCUCCAGGCGCCUCUACACGCAGGCCCUUAAGCUGAAGAAAAACUGCAGCCACCUUUUCUCAGCACGUAUUGACCUCCAGUCCAACUCCACUGUUUGGUAUGAGACUCUAAAAGAUAAGAUCCGCCACCAACAGUUAAAACCUGUCUGGGUGUCAGAAGUGACGUUGGAGAGUGGUACUGAACAGGACUUGGAUGCACUGGACCAGACCCAGUCUGACUACCUGAGUGCUGCCAGCGACCUGGAGGACACUGAUGGAGAGCCCUUCACCGACGGAGACGCCUACACCGAUGAGGAGCUGGAGGAGGGUUACCACGGUCGAAACGCAAACACGCUCCCCAAAGGCUCCAGGGUAGCUGGAGCUGCUUUAGCCAGAUCAUCGGAGCCCGCCUUUGGGGACCACAGCCCCAACGGGGACCCCGAGCCUCACGACGACGCGUACUCGCUCAGAGAAAUCCCACCGUUGAUGCACGUUCCCGAGCCCAGGACGACCCGCCUGGAGAGUUACAGCCCACCUCACAGCGCUGCCGAGGAGGAAGACCACUCUCAGCGCAGUUUUACAGACUCAGAUUUCAGUGCGCUCGAUGUGGUGGAACCCACCACUCCAUCGGAGGGACCCCCGGAUUUUAAAGCCCCCGACCCCUACACUCGGUACUCUGUCAAAAAGCCCACAGAGUUGCAGCCUGAGAGCCCACAACACGCCAGCCUGUCCGCUAUCGAGGAUAAAUUACAACAGACCCGCUCUGCAGAGCCGCAGGCACAAGCUGAGGAGAAGAAGGGCCCUCAGUUCAUCGUGCUAGCACACCAUCACCAGGCAGUCCAGUUCCGACGCACACAGAUCCGAGGCAGCGAUAGCUCUGAGGAUGACGAGGGCGAGGCGGAUGACUUUGAAUGGGGUCCUGCAACGGAACUCUAGAGUUUGAAUUGAGGAUUACACAUGGAGUCUGCUAAUCAAACAAGAAUAUGGAAACUACUUCAAUCACACAAGAAACUCUUUGGGAUCCUUUUGUACAUUUUUUUUCUUCAAAAUAUUUUUGCCAAAAAUGUACACUAAGGCCCUUGUUUAGCUGUGUGAUAUUGGAGAUUUCGACAAAUUUGACACUACUAGAGGUUUUACAUCUAAAGAACGGUUCUCCCAACAAUGUUAACAACAAAGUGCCUUAUUUUUAUUUCCAUAACUCCAUGUCAAACAAAUCAAUUGCCCCAGUGUGUUAUUAUUACUGUAACAAGAUUAUUUUUCAGGCUUUUCCACCUUUUUAGUUUUUGACAGGUCAGUUAAGUGAGAAAGAGGGGGAAAACAUGCAAAUCAUCACAGGUGGGAUUCGAACCCUGGACCUCCGCCUCGAGGCAUAAACCUCGAAGGGACGUGUGCGCCUGCUCUACCACUGUAGUUGUAUUAGAAAUCAUACUGAAUGAGUCUUUUCAUAAAUAUAUACCAGAACAUUUGUGAAUUGUUUGGAUGCCUUAUAAACUUUUUUCUACAUUAAAUUGUUUCCUUAAAUUU